AUGACAAACGCACCCAACUUCCACAAAGCAGAAAAGGAUUAUAGCUCAUCACUCACCUCGACCAUCUCUACACACUUCGACAGCCCACUCAUCUAUACAAACCUCACUCAUCUUCAAAAUCCCCAUAGAAUGGCUCGCUACACUAAAUUCGUGAACGGUCGCGUUUUCCGCGACAACAAGCUCACCACCAACGACGAGCUUUGGGUUGAUUGUCAAAAGGGACAGAUUAUAGCUCCUACCACUAACUUCCCUUCCCCCGAAGUGACAGAAGUAGUAGAUUUGCAAGGAAAAAUUCUGUCCCCUGGGUUUAUUGAUAUUCAGCUAAAUGGAGCAUUCGGGUUUGACUUUUCGGGUCUCGACCCAAACAUGCCAGUGCCUGAAUUCAAGAAAGGCCUUCAUGAGACCAACCGGCGCUUGAUCUCUACCGGGACAACGAGCUACCUCCCGACUAUGACCAGUCAACUUUCAAACGUCUAUCACAAAAUAGUGCCCCUACUACGUCCCACCGGGGCUACUAGGGACCCUCAACUGGGUGCUGAGUCCCUCGGUGCACACUUGGAAGGACCGUUCUUCGCGCAUAGUCGGACAGGAUGCCAUAGCAAGGGGGCGAUCUUUCCCUUGAAAAAUCAGACCUCGCCAGAGCUAGUCAAGAAAGUCUAUGGCGAGCAAAACCUCCGAUCGUACGUCAAGAUGGUUACCCUCGCCCCCGAGCGGGAUGAUGCCUUGGAUGCUAUUCGUGAACUGUCUCAGAUGGGAGUGAUCGCUAGCAUUGGCCACACUUCAGCAACAUAUCAAGAGGCACAGGCUGCCGUCUCGGCUGGCGCUGGGGUCAUUACUCACCUGUUUAACGCUAUGAAUGCGCUGCACCAUCGCGAGCCAGGUCUACUUGGGCUCAUCGCUACUCCGAAAAGCCAACGUCUCGCGGAUCGACCAGACCUGCUAGAUGACGGACGACCGUAUUAUGGCCUAAUUGCCGACGGUGUACACCUUCAUCCUACAAGUGUACGAGUGGCAUGGAAUGUCCAUCCCCAAGGGUUGAUUCUUGUGACGGAUGCAGUCAUGUUAAUGGGAUGCCCAGAUGGGGUACACGAGUGGACCAACGGACAAAAGAUCGUCAAGAAAGGUCCCCUACUUCAGCUAGAGGGCCAGGAAACCAUUGCCGGCAGUGCCACACCCAUCCUGGAUUGUAUCAACAACUUUCUCAGCUGGACGGGAGCAUCGGUGCAUGAAGCUCUGCAGACUGUAACUGCCAAUCCAGCUGCAGCCCUAGGAAUGGCCGACAAGAAGGGAACUCUUACGGCAGGGGCCGAUGCCGAUUUUGUGAUCUUGGACGAGUCCACCACAGGUACAGAUGGUGGCCAGUCCCGGCUAACAAUUGACCAGGUUUGGAAAUUCGGGCAGCCGGCAUACAAAUCCGAGCCCUGCACGGAUCCGGUGAACAAUGGUAGCACGGGAUUAAAAGAAUUGCAAACCCCGGGACUGCCCUGGCUAACUGCGCUCUGUGCAACUCCUAUCUCAACAGCUAUAUUUGCCACAACUGGCUCUCUGAUCUACGGAUAUGACUCCGGGAUUAUCAGCACCACACUCGGCCAAGAAACCUUCCCCUCGUACUUCCAUAACCCCUCCGACAAUGUCAUCGGUGCCAUAGUCUCGACAUACAGUGGCGGCCAAGGAAUUGGCAAUCUCCUCGGUGGAUGGCUCGGAGACUCACUUGGCCGCAAGAAGACGAUAUGGCUUGCAUCGAUUUUGGCAUUAAUCGGGGCUAUCCUACAGACUGCUGCUGUUAAUAUCAUCAUGUUCAUCGUCGGCCGGAUCAUUGCCGGGUUUGCAAUUGGGCUGGUUUAUGCAGUGAGCUCGAUUUACAACGCGGAGAUCGCCCCGCCCAAGAUUAGAGGAGUAACUGUCGGACUGCAGACGCAGCUGAUUUCAAUUGGGUAUGCUUUGUCAAACUGGAUUGGCGUGUUUGGUAGUUUUGCCACUGGCAACGCUGCCUGGAGAAUUCCGUUGGGCAUGCAAUGCGUCCCUGCUAUAAUUUUGAUUCUGGGUCUCUUCUGGCUUCCCGAAAGCCCUCGGUGGCUGAUACAGAAAGAAAAAUACGGCCAAGCCAAAGCCGUCAUUGAAAGAUUGAACUCUGACAUUGGUGUCGAUGCAAACUUUUGCCAUCGCGAGUUUGAGCAGAUCAAACAGCAAAUCGAUUUUGAGCGCGAAGUCACCAUCAAGUCUUGGUGGGCGCUUUUUACCAAAGCGUCAAAUCGGCGCCGGUUGUUCUUGGGUAUCGGGCUACAAGUAUUUUUGCAAACAACAGGGGUUAACGUGGUUAACUACUAUCAAACCACGCUCUUUUCUGAUGUUGGCAUCACCGGAAGAAACGUGCUGUGGGUUUCGGCUGGAUAUGGAAUGAUGGGCCCUAUUGCCAACGCGAUUUGCCUGUCGUUCAUCGACAAGGUCGGCCGAAAGCUCCCUCUAGUCUGGACGUCGGUUGCGUUGGUGAUCGACAUGACUCUCAUUAUGGUAUUUUCAAAGUACUUUCCGGGGGUCAGGACUGAUUGUCGUGGAUUCAACGCCAUUCAACUGGUCUACAUCGCAGAAAUAUUCCCCACUGCUCUGCGGUCACGCGCUACAGCAAUUUGUGCCUUUAUGGGCACCGGUGUCGGUCUUCUCUUUAACCAGCUCUCUCCCAAAGCUUUUGCCGCUAUCAGCUGGAGAUAUUACGCAAUCUUUGUGGCCUGCGAUAUCGUCGCCGCCUUUUGUUUCUUUAUGUUCUAUCCAGAAACGCGAGGCAAAACGCUCGAAGAAAUUGCCGAGCUGUUUGGCGAUGACCUUGCGUUUACCGAGCACAUCGACACACAAUUUUUACGUGCAGAGAAAGACGUGGCCAAUUAUAAGACGAAUGGCCGGAAGUCGGACGCAACAAAGGAUCAUGUCGAAGACGUGCCAAGGUAG